AUCAUAGCUGUCUACUAUCAGACUAUCACUAUUCACUAAACCCGAUAAACCUCAAAAAGUUCAAUAAAAUUUCCCCAACAUCACAGGGGAGAAGCUUUCAGUAAUGGCAGUGUUAUUAUCAGCUUCGCUCCUUCCUUCAACAAAGUUCUGCAUUUUCAGAUAUGACACAGGUGACCGAUUUCCAUAUCUGAAAGGAUUGAACAGAAAAAACAAGAAAGAAUGCUCAUAUGUGUGUUUAUCUGUAAAGGGUAAUACAAAAGUUAAAAACGUUGCUGCUAUUAGUGAUAGUUUGAAAAAGAGUAGUAUGAAAGUAGUAUUAAGUGAAGGGAGAGAUGAGGAUGAGAAUAAUGGGAUUGUUUGCCCGGGUUGUGGGGUUUAUAUGCAAGAUAAAGACCCAAAUCUUCCUGGGUAUUUCAAGAAAAGGAGGGUUGAGGAAGGUGAGGAUGAUUUUGAGGUUGAUGGAGAAGAAAUUGAGGGUUUUUUUGAUGGGGAAGAAGAAAAUGAGGAGGGUUUUGAGGAUGCAAUUGAGGGUAGUUUAGGAAUUAGUGAUGAAGAAGGGGAUUUGGAUGUGGGGGAUGGGGUUGAUUGGGAUAGUGAAGAAUGGGAUGAGGAUGAUUUGACAGAAUUGGAUGGAUUUCAUCCUGUUGGUGUUGGGUAUGGUAAUGUAACCGAAGAGGUAUUGGAGGCGAAGAAGAAGAAGAAAUUGUCGAAAUCAGAGAGGAAGAGAUUGGCUAGGUUAGCUGAGAAAGAGAGGGAAGAGGUUACAGUUUGUGCUAGGUGUCAUUCUUUGAGGAAUUUUGGGCAAGUAAAGAAUCAAUUAGCUGAGAAUUUGAUACCUGAUUUUGAUUUCGAUAGAUUGAUUAGUACUCGUUUGAUGAAACCCACGGCAGCUGGUUCAACGGUUGUUGUCAUGGUUGUUGAUUGUGUUGAUUUUGAUGGCUCAUUUCCUAAGCGUGCUGCUCGAUCUUUGUUCAAAGCUUUGGAUGGAAAACUUGAUGCUAAGCUUAGCAAAAAGUUGCCAAAGCUAGUCUUGGUUGCCACAAAGGUUGAUCUUUUACCAUCUCAAAUUUCACCAACUAGGUUAGAUAGAUGGGUUCGUCAUCGUGCUCGGGCUUUAGGAGCUCCGAAGCUUAGUGCUGUUUAUUUGGUUAGUUCUCGAAAGGAUUUAGGCGUGAGGAAUUUGCUUUCCUUCAUCAAGGAGUUGGCUGGUCCUCGAGGGCAUGUUUGGGUUAUUGGGGCCCAAAACGCUGGUAAGUCUACCCUAAUUAACACAUUUGCCAAAAAAGAAGGUGCUAAAGUUGCAAAGCUUACUGAAGCAGCGGUUCCUGGGACAACGCUCGGAAUACUAAGAGUUGCAGGGGUUUUGUCCGGUAAGGCCAAGAUGUAUGAUACUCCGGGGCUUCUGCAUGCAAACUUGAUGUCCUUGAGAUUAACAAGGGAAGAGCAGAAAAUGAUAGAGAUACGGAAAGAAUUGAGACCUCGGAGUUAUAGAAUCAAGGCAAGGCAGACAAUACAUGUUGGUGGCUUAGUGAGACUGGAUCUUGUUCAGGCAUCCAUUCAAACGAUUUAUGUGACAGUAUGGGUAUCAUCGAAUGUUUCUCUUCAUUUAGGGAAGAUUGAAAAUGCAGAAGAAACUUGGACGAAGCAUGUUGGUGUCAGGUUACAGCCUCCCACAGGCACGGAGCGACUCUCAGAAAUGGGUAGUUGGACCGAGAGAGAAUUCAAAGUGACCGGAACAAGCUGGGAUGUAAAUAGUUUUGACAUUGCAGUUGCUGGAUUGGGCUGGCUAUCGUUAGGUCUCAAAGGCGAGGCAACCUUAAAGCUAUGGACAUAUGAUACUGUUGAAGUUGUCUUACGCGAACCUUUAUGUCUUGACCGUGCUUCAUUUCUUGAACGACCUGGGUUUUGGUUGCCCCAAGCUAUAUCUGAUGCCCUUGGAAAUCAGAGUAAGAUUGAAGCACGAAAAAAGCAACAGCUUGAAGAUGAGAUGGAUUCUGUGAUGGCUUGAACAGAGCGACUCUGGUUCUCUUUUUCGACAGGUAUUCUUAAACGGUUAAAGCAUAUCCCGAUAACCCUUUUUAGGUCGCUGCUAAGCAUCGAGUCUGUUGUAAUUUGAGAUGAAGGUUGGCUUCGUGCUACAAGUUUGGCACUAGCUGUAGGCUCGCAGUCGGUAAUUGUGUAAAUAUUGGUUGUGGUAUUGAAUCUGAGGCUUGUAUGUUUUGUCAUUUGGUUGAUCCAAUAGCUUACCAGCAUUUCUGGCUUAAGUUCCAUUGCUUGUGUUGUAUUUAAAACUUGGAAGUGAUCAUACACUCAUACUGUAUUGAAGGAAAAAUCAAAGUAAAGGAAAGAAAAGAACAUUUGAAAUGGAA